CAGUCCUCUCCCUGUGAUGUUCUUGCUGAUUUCACUUAUACCAGUGGCCCAUGCUCAAGUAAAACCCAAACCGACUCUGAGAGUGAAUCCUCCGCACUCAGUCUACACUGGAGACACCGUCACUCUGACCUGUGAUCUGCAGCAGGGCACUGGAUGGAAGUUUAUCUGGUACAAAAUUGAACAACCUCCACGUCGUGAACAAGAAUUCACAAACACACUGACAGUAACAGUUGAUAAAGCAGGAGAAAUAGAGUACGAUUGUUGUGCAUACAAAGGAAACUACUACACAUACUACAGUGACCGUGUCAAGAUUACAGUGAAAGAGAGACCUAAAGCUGUGGUGUCCAUAAAGCCUGAUACACAUGUGUUUAUUGGGGAGAGAGUUACUGUCAGAUGUGACAUACAGGGAGGAGGAAGAGGCACUCAGUGGACAUACAGCUGGUAUAAAGAUAAACGCUACACAGGCAACAUGAAUCAGGAGUUCACAAUCUCAUCUGUUACUGACGGUGGUGUCUACACCUGCACAGGACAAAACAGUAACUCUCAGAACUCAGAGAUCAGUGACGCUGUUACACUGACUGUAUCAGAGAGACCUAAAGCUGUGGUGUCCAUAAAGCCUGAUACACAUGUGUUUAUUGGGGAGAGAGUUACUGUCAGAUGUGACAUACAGGGAGGAGGAGACACUCAGUGGACAUACAGCUGGAAUAGAUAUAAACGCUACAAAGGCAACAUGAAUCAGGAGUUCACAAUCUCAUCUGUUAGCGACUCUCACCGUGGUGACUACACCUGCACAGGACAGAACAGUAACUCUCAGAACUUAGUGAUCAGUGACGCUGUUACACUGACUGUAUCAGUAAAACCCAGACCGACUGUGAGAGUGAAUCCUCAGCACCCAGUCUACACUGGAGACACCGUCACUCUGACCUGUGAUCUGCAGCAGGGCACUGGAUGGAAGUUUAUCUGGUACAAAUAUAAUCAGCCUCUAAGUGGUGAACAAAAAUCCACAAACACACUGAAUGUAACGGUUGAUAAAGCAGGAGAAAUAGAGUACGAUUGUUGUGCACACAGAGGAGACUACUACACAGACUACAGUGAACCUGUCAAGAUUACAGUGAAAGAGAGACCUAAAGCUGUGGUGACUAUAAAGCCUGAUACACAUGUGUUUAUUGGGGAGAGAGUUACUGUCAGAUGUGACAUACAGGGAGGAGGAGACACUCAGUGGACAUACAGCUGGUAUAAAGAUAAACGCUACAGAGGCAACAUGAAUCAGGAGUUCACAAUCUCAUCUGUUAGAGACUCUGACGGUGGUGGCUACACCUGCACAGGACAGAACAGUAACUCUCAGAACUCAGAGACCAGUGACGCUGUUACACUGACUGUAUCAGAGAGACCUGCAGUACUGAGUGUAUCUCCACAGAGCUGGCUGACUGAAGGAGACUCAGUGACUCUAAACUGUGAGAUUACAAACUCCUCUACAAACUGGACAUUCAGCUGGUACAAUGUGGUUCCAUCCAGACAUGGCGCGACUCAAAUAAUAACCAAUCAUAGCUCUAUCAUGUAUGUGGAGCUCCUCUCAGACAGCAGCAGAGGAUCUGGAGGCUCCUACACUCUCAGUCCUGCUGCUCUUAAACACACAGGAGUUUAUGUGUGUAGAGGAGAGAGAGGAAAACCAGCCUUACACACACAGUACAGCAAUCUACAGACACUAUGGAUCACUGGUGAAUCUCCACCAGUCAACAUGAUCAUCAAUCCCAGCAGAACUCAACACUUUACUAAAAACUCUCUCUCACUGAGCUGUGAGGACCAGAGACACUCUACGGGAUGGACAGUGAGACGAUACACACACAGUGAGAGAGUGUCAGAUUGUUCACAGUGGGGAUCAGUCACAGGAUCUACAUGUAAAAUCAGCUCCCUGAACACAUCCCACACUGGAGUUUACUGGUGUGAGUCUGAAUCUGGAGAAAGCAGUAAUCCUGUCAACAUCACAGUGCAUGAUGGUGAUGUGAUCCUGGAGAGUCCUGUCCAUCCUGUGACUGAGGGACAUCCUCUGACUCUACGCUGUUUAUAUCGCUACACAAAUCCCUCAAACCUCCGAGCUGAUUUCUAUAAAAAUGAAUCAGUUGUCCAGAACCAGACUACAGGAGAGAUGAUCAUCCAUAAUGUCUCAAAGUCAGAUGAAGGUUUCUACCACUGUAAACACCCAGAGAGAGGAGAGUCACCGAAAAGCUGGGUCUCAGUCAGAGCCUCAGUCUCAGGUUCUAGAUCCAGUGGUGGAAAAGUAGGACUUGCUGUGGGUUUGGUAUUUUUGUUCAUCGCUUUACUGAUCUUAAUGAUCCUGCUGUGGUUCUACAAAAGAAGAAAAGACACUCAGCAGAAAAACAAUCAGACAUCAGAGCAGAAUCAGAGCCGGUCAGGAGCUGAAGACUCUCAGGCAGCGUAUACACCACUUCAGCCUGGAAGUGAAAACAUUUAUUCCACUGUGGAUCAGACAGGUGAAGCUGCAGCUGAGAGCAAUGAAGCCACUUACUCACUGGUCAUGAUGGGGAAGGAGACAAACACAAACAAGGGUCCUGAUGCUUAUGUGACUUAUGCUGAGAUCGAACUAGAACCUGUGAAAAAAUCAGAGAGAGCAAAAGAAAAGCCCAGGGUGGCUGAUGAUACUGUCUACUCAGUGCUGCAGUAGAACAAGGAGUGAGCCACAAGUCUGUGUAGACUGAUGGAGCUACUGAUAUAAACACAGAAGAAUUAGAUAACUCGUGUCAGUGUCCAAAUAAUUGUGGACCCAACAAUAGACAGUGUUUGCAGCCUUAUAUAUAUAUAUAUUAUAUAUUAUGUAUGUUUAUUUGUUUGCUUGUCUUCCAUAUAGAUUUUUCUGAUUUAUAAGCAUUUAUUUUGCUAAAUUAUAUUUUAUGUAUUUUAUAAAUUAUAUAAUUUUAAAGUGUUUGUUACUGAGGUGUAUUGAUGGUGUCCUCUUUAAGAUACAUUUAUUUUAGUAUAAAAUACACAGUGUAAUAUUGUACAGUGUACUGUAGGUUUGUAUUUCCUGUAAAGCUGACUACAGUUAGAGCGAUUGGUGAAAAGCCCAGUUAAAGCACGCUUUGUAUAUAUGCAAUAUAAGAAAAAGUGAAUUGACUGUUAUCUGAUAUAUUUUGGAGACAAAUAUUACUUUUUGAAUUAUGAGGAAUAGACUUACAAUCUUACAACUUUAAUUUUAUAAAUUCAUUAAAUUAUUAAACCUGGUAGCAAUAAUGUACCAUGUGAGGUAGAUGUAAUACACUGAGAAGAAUAUUGUGCCUUUGUCAACAUUGUGCUUUAUUUUAGGUUUGGAAUGUUUACUACAUGCCAGGGUAAUAAAACUCGCUUA